GGAUACAGUGAGUGAGCUCAGCUGGCUGGGAGAUGCGCGCUCAGUGAAACGGGAGGGGGCGGAGGAGGAAGAGGACCGCCGCCUUCAUCGCGCAUACUUGGUCAUGACAACGUCGCCACCGACACCCGCGCGUCGACCAUCUCUCGGAAAACCAAGCGACAUUUCAACGACAUCCCGAUGGACUUUUGCCCUGGAUUGUUUUAAUUUUUGAUUUUACGCACGCGCGGAUGCGCCCGGAGCUGUUCGUCUCCCUUCACCGCCGAGAAAAGGUUUGUUCAAGGCUUGCCCGACACUACAAAUCAAACCAUGGGCCCAUCGAUGAAAUUUAUGCGCUUCAAUCCGGGAAGUCGCCGCAAAGAAAAGACCCAGGAUGCAACUCUGAAUCACUGAUCCUCGUAGCAUCUCUGUAGCAGAUUCACUUGACGUGGGGAAACCAUAUUUCCAUCUUUGCUUACAGUUGGCUCGUAGGAUACAUUUCAUCCAGCAACAUUUAAUCUGCAUCAGAUCGUAGAAAAACAAAAACCGGAUUUUAUGAUGAAGCAAUGCGGAAUCUAAAACAUAUCGGAUGCAUUUUAGAAAGCUGCCCUAAUCAAACAUCUUUGUGACUUUAGCGGACACUUACCAAGUUCCAAUCGCCUCCGGUGCUCGCUGUUAACUCUUGACAAUGAAUCCAAACGGCCUCCCUGGGAAGGUUCUCCUGCUGCUAAGUACUGCGCUGGCACUGAGUGCGGGAUUAGAGUUUACCGGCGACCAAGGUCAGUGGGCUCGAUACCCGCGCUGGGACGCCAGUUGGAGAAGCGACCUGACCUUCCAGUUCAAGACAUCCCAAUCAGACGGCCUGCUGCUCUACUUUGACGACGGCGGAUAUUGCGACUUCUUACUCCUCACCUUGUCCGAGGGCAGGAUGCAGCUUCGCUUCAGCAUCGACUGCGCCGAAACCACCGUUGAGUCCGAGCAGAUGGUCAACGACAGCCGCUGGCACUUCGCCGCCAUCAACAGGCACAAUUUGCGGACCGGCUUGGCCGUGGACGGCCGGACCGAGUCGGCGGAGGUGCGGCCUCAGCGGCAGUUCAUGAAGAUCAUCAGCGACCUUUUCCUCGGCGGGGUCCCGGGAGACAUCCGCGAGUCCGCCAUUACCUUGCCCUCGGUCCGCCAGCUCGCACCCUUCAAGGGGAUCAUCACCGACCUGGUCUACGGAAGUAAACUCCCCACGCUUAUCAACAGUCAGAAGGUCCGUUUAGAAAUGUUAGGCCUUUGCACCGAGAACCCCUGCGAGAACGGAGGGAUCUGCUCACUGGCGGAUGGAGAAACCUACUGUGACUGCUCUCGAACUGGAUUUGUCGGGCGAUACUGCACCGAAGCAGUCCACAGAGGACCAGGCCUCGCGCACCUCAAGGCAGAGCAAGGUAGAAACAAAGCGAGGGAGGAAAAUGUGGCCACCUUCCGGGGCUCGGAGUACUUCUGUUACGACCUUUCGCAGAAUCCCAUCCAGAGCAGCAGCGACGAGAUCACGUUGUCCUUCAAGACGUGGCAGCGCAACGGCCUCUUGCUCCACACGGGCAAAUCGGCGGACUAUGUCAAUCUGGCGCUAAAAGAUGGCGCCGUUUCCCUGGUCAUCAAUCUUGGUUCCGGGGCCUUUGAGGCCAUCGUGGAGCCGGUCAAUGGGAAAUUCAAUGACAACGCCUGGCACGAUAUCAAAGUCACGCGCAACCUGAGACAGCAAUCAGGCAUUGGACACGCUAUGGUGACCAUAUCCGUUGAUGGGAUCCUCACCACCACCGGCUACACCCAAGAAGACUACACCAUGCUGGGCUCUGACGAUUUCUUCUAUGUGGGUGGGAGCCCCAGCACCGCAGACCUUCCCGGCUCCCCGGUCAGCAACAAUUUCAUGGGCUGCCUCAAAGAGGUGGUCUACAAAAACAAUGACAUCCGCCUGGAACUGUCCCGCCUAGCCCGGAUUGUGGACCCGAAGAUGAAACUUCAGGGUGACGUGGUGUUUAAGUGUGAAAACGUCCCUACGCUUGACCCCAUCAACUUUGAGACUCCCGAUUCCUACCUGGCCUUGCCAAAAUGGAACACCAAACGCGUUGGCUCCAUCUCGUUCGACUUCCGAACGUCGGAGCCCGACGGCUUGAUACUUUUCACCCACGGCAGAGCUCAGGAGCGACGCGAUGCCAAGUCGCAGAAGACCAACAAGGUGGACUUCUUUGCCGUCGAGCUUUUGGAUGGGGUGCUGUACCUCGUGUUGGACAUGGGUUCCGGUACCAUCAAAGUGAAAGCGACGCAAGCAAAAGUCAAUGAAGGCAGCUGGCACCACGUGGACAUCCAGAGAGACGGUCGCUCGGGCAUCAUCUCCGUAAACAGCCACCGGACACCUUUCACAGCCAGUGGAGAAAAUGAGAUCUUGGACCUGGAGGGAGAUCUUUAUCUGGGCGGUCUUCCCGACAACCGCGCAGGUUUGGUCCUCCCCACCGAGCUCUGGACCGCCAUGCUCAACUACGGCUACGUGGGCUGCAUCCGGGAUCUUUUCAUUGACGGACGCAGCAAAGAUAUCCGACAGAUCGCCGCGUCGCAGAACGCGACGGGUAUCAAGUCUUCCUGCGGCAAGGUGACGGGGAAACAGUGUGACAGCAACCCUUGCAAGAACAACGGACUGUGCAAGGAGGGAUGGAACCGCUUCAUUUGCGACUGCACGGCGACCAGCUUCUGGGACAGCACUUGUGAAAGAGAGGCAUCUAUCCUGUCCUAUGACGGCAGCAUGUACAUGAAAGUGGUGAUCCCCAACGUGGUGCACACGGAAGCGGAGGACGUCUCACUCCGCUUCAUGUCCCAAAGGGCGUUCGGUCUGCUCAUGGCCGCCACAUCGCGCGAGUCGGCAGACACGCUGCGAUUGGAGUUGGACAGCGGAAGGGUCAAACUGACGGUCAACUUAGAUUGUGUCAGGAUAAACUGUAACACCAGCAAGGGUCCUGAGGCUCUCUAUGCCGGACAAAAGCUCAACGACAACAACUGGCACUCGGUGCGAGUUGUCCGCCGCGGUAAAAACAUCACACUCCUUGUGGAUGACGACAUGGCUGAAGGCCAGAUGGCAGGCGAUCACACCCGGCUCGAGUUCAACAACGUGGAGACGGGCAUCCUCACCGAGAGGCGCUUUGUGUCCUCUGCGCCUUCUUCGUUCAUCGGACACCUGCAGAGUCUCAAGUUCAACGGCAUGCAGUACAUCGACAUGUGCAAGAACGGCGACAUCGACUUCUGCGAACUCAACGCCCGCUUUGGCAUGCGCUUCAUCGUCGCCGACCCGGUGACUUUCAAGACCAAGGGCAGCUACUUGGGCCUGGCCACUCUGCAGGCGUACACCACCAUGCACCUCUUCUUUCAAUUCAAGACCACCUCUCCCGAUGGCUUCAUCCUCUUUAACAGCGGCGACGGGAGUGACUUUAUUGCCGUCGAACUGGUCAAAGGGUUCAUCCACUACGUGUUUGACCUCGGCAAUGGUCCGAGUCUCUUAAAGGGGAACAGUGACAACCCGCUGAAUGACAACCAGUGGCACAAUGUGGUGAUCACGCGAGAUGCUUCCAACACGCACACGCUCAAAGUGGACUCCAAGUCAGUCACCCAGAAUGUCAACGGAGCCAAGAACCUUGAUUUAAAAGGUGAUCUGUUUGUCGGAGGUCUGGGCCCCAACAUGUACCAGAACCUCCCUAAGCUGGUGGUUUCUCGUGAAGGCUUCCAGGGCUGUUUGGCCUCAGUUGACCUCAACGGCCGCCUGCCGGACCUCAUCAGCGACGCCCUUUUCCGCAGCGGGCAGAUUGAACGGGGCUGCGAAGUUGGUUUCACCAAAGCCGACCUGCAAGGGCCGAGCACCACCUGCCAGGAGGACUCCUGCGCCAACAUGGGUGUGUGCAUCCAACAGUGGGAGAACUUCACCUGCGACUGCUCCAUGACGUCUUAUUCGGGGACUCAUUGCAAUGACCCCGGCACCACCUACAUCUUCGGCAAAGGAGGCGGUCUGAUCACAUACACGUGGCCUAACAACGAAAGGCCCAGCACGCGGACGGACCGGCUGGCGGUAGGUUUUAGCACCACCAUCAGAGACGGCAUUCUCGUCCGCAUCGACAGUGCGCCGCGCCUGGGUGACUACAUCAUGCUCCACAUUGAGCAAGGGAAAGUAGGUGUGACCUUCAACAUCGGGACGGUGGAUAUCAGUGUGAAAGAGAUGACGACAGCGGUAAAUGAUGGCAAAUACCAUUUGGUUCGAUUCACCAGGAAUGGAGGAAACGCUACGCUACAAGUGGACAACUGGCCCAUCAAUGAGCACUUUCCUUCAGGCAACAGCGACAUUGAGCGCUUUCAAAUGGCAAAUAAGAAAAUCCCAUUCAAAUAUACCCGGCCCAUAGAAGAUUGGCUUCAGGAGAAAGGCCGGCAACUCACUAUCUUCAACACCCAAGCGACAAUUUCCAUUGGUGGAAAUGACCGCAAGCGGCCCUAUCAGGGCCAGCUUUCAGGCCUCUACUACAACGGGCUCAAGGUGCUCAACAUGGCCGCCGAAGGCCACGCCAAUAUCGAGGUGAACGGCAGCGUUCGGCUGGUGGGCGACGUGCCGGCCAGUAGGGGCGCUGCACGCACCACCACCUCUGUACCGCCUGAGAUGUCCACCACCUUUAUUGAGACCACCACCACCCUGUCCACGACCACCACUCGCAAGCAGCGCUCGCCACCCACCAUCCAGACAACAGAUGACAUUGUUUCAUCAGCCGAGUGCUCCAGUGAUGACGAGGAUCUGGAAGAGUGCGAUUCCGGACACACAGGAGGGGAGCUAGUCAUCCCCGUCUUAGUGGAGGAUCCCAUAGACAUUCCUUCCGUAUCCACCCGCUCUUCUUUCAUCUCCCUCCCCCCAACCCUCCACCCCCUCCUCACCAUUAUCGAGACCACCAAAGAAUCCUUGGCCAUGGCCACCGAGGCGGGGCUACCUUGCUUGUCGGACCGAGGCGACGAUGAUUGUGAUGAUGGUGGUGAUGAUGAUGAUGAUGAUGGCACGGUGAUUUCGGGGUUUGGCUCUGGCGAAGCGUUCGACUCUAGCCUGCCCCCGACUGACGAUGAAGAUUUUGACAUCACCUUCUCCCUGGUAACAGAUAAGAUCUUGACCACAUCAACCUAUGACGGCGGCUACAAAGCCCUCGCACCCAAGUGGGAGGCCAAGGACUUAAGGCCUAGCAAAGCCUCCGAGGCAGGUAGAACUACAGCCGCCUUGCCUCUGCCCGACCCCCGGGGCACGCCAGCCGCGGCGGCCCCCUCGGCCGCGGCGGCCCCCUCGGCCGCGCUUCCCAAGCUGCCCGCUGGGAAAAUGAACAACCGCGAGGUCAAACCCCCGCAGCCGGACAUAGUCCUGCUGCCCCUCCCCACGUCCUUCGAUCCGGACGGCACCAAGCCGCGGGGUCCUUACAUCACCUCGCCCAUGCUGCGCACGGUGCCCGCCGCCUUACCCACGCUGCCCGGCGUGGUGCGGCGAGUCCCGCCGGGGGCCUCGGAGGUCAUACGCGAAUCGAGCAGCACCACGGGCAUGGUGGUGGGCAUCGUCUCGGCCGCCGCCCUCUGCAUCCUCAUCCUCCUCUACGCUAUGUACAAGUACAGGAACAGGGACGAGGGGUCCUACCAGGUGGACGAGACGCGCAACUACAUCAGCAACUCGGCGCAAACCAACGGCGCCGUGGUGAAAGAGAAAACCCCCGGCGGCGCGGCGCCAAAGGCAGCGCCGCCAGCAAGAGACCCAAAGACAAGGACAAGGGAAUAUUAUGUAUAGAAAUCGAGACGUUUCCCCCCCCGACUCAAAGAGAACAAAACUGCUCGAAAGAAAUAUUGAAACGUUUUGACAGUACCAUAUUGGCAACUGUGAUCUCUUUUGAACUCGGCACUUUGUGAGUCGCCACAAAAAAAAAAAACGUAAAAUAAAAGCAACAAUGAAAGACUUGACGUGUGGAGGAAAAAAAAAAAAAGCACACUUACUAUUGUAAGAGUUCUGGAAAGACAAUUCACAUCUUCGCUGGGACUCCACGUGGAUCUUUACAAGGUUUUCCAGCCGAAGACUGUUGGAAACGCGGAAACCGCCCGAGGCUUUUUGAUCGCGCAUUUGAUCUAUCGGAGUAGCGCCGACCCCCCGACCUGGUAACCUUGUAAAAUACGAUCACCGUCAUUUGGGUUGUUCGGAGCUUGCAUGUGAGGUGUACGUGAUUGGUGCUGGCAUCUGUGCAGGGGGGAGGGGGCCUCAAGGGGCAACGCUUGUUGGGAAGACGCAGUUUGGGUUUGAGGUGACGUAGCUUUUAUGGAUGUGGUUGAAGUACAAAAAUUAGGUCGUUUUUUUUAUUUUUUGUUCGUUUUUUUUUUUAGCAUUUCAUUAAUGUAGGCUUUUUUGUGGAAAGAUCAACACUGUGACCACCCAGUCGGAUGUGACAUCAGUGCAUCUCUCUCUUCCUUUCUGUCUCCUUGAUUGUCGACUGGAAACUUCAAUGAGGGAAGCCAUGAUGAUAUUCUUCAUAUUUUGAAAACGUGAAGGCGUCAUGACCUGAAACGAUGUAAAUACGUGAAUUUGUGGGGGGGUGGAAAAAAAAACAUAUUUUGUAUUUGGUUUCUACUGUUCUUUGCUGGUGAAUUUCAUGUUCUGUUUUUGUUUGUUCAACCUUUCGUUUGGUUUAAAUUCCCCGCUGUAGCAACAGAGAGAAAAUCUUGUUCUUUUGCAGCACUACGCGGAGAGAAAAAGGCUCAAACACAUUUGGGGGUCAAAUAUUGGAUAAGACAACUUGUCUGACUUGGUUUUUCUCUUGCUUGGUGGAUUUUUGACUGUGCUGAAACUGUCACUCUGUGGACUGUUUUGAUGAUUUUCAUGUUCUGUAUGUAUUUAUUUUACCUGUUGGGGUUCUUUUUUUUUUAAAGCCUAAUUGAAAAAAAAAAAAAGGAAUCAAAAAGAGACAAUGAUCAUUUUAUUCCAAUGGGUUUGGAGAAACAUUGCAGCACCUUGACUUUCAGUUUCAUUCCUUCCUCAGUUCUUAACUGUGACACCAAACUUCUCGUCAGCUCAACGUUUGAUUGGUUUUGUUCGUUUACUGUUGUAGCUUAAUUUCAUGUCUUGUCUCUUGGAUGUUAAACAUUUUUUUAUUCAUCAUUCCAUGAAUUAUUGCUGAAUUUAUUUGUUCUCGUUCAUUUUCAAAUAGGUCAACGUUCACAAUUUUUUUUUUUGUGUUGGUACUUGACUCGUCUUCUGCUCCUUUGACUCCGAACCCUGAAAUUAAAGAAAAAGAUAGAAUGUUGUUCCCAAA